CUUAAAUCGUCCGUGCGAAGAGACGGAGGGAAAAUCAUUGUCCAAAUGAUGAGCCCGUGUUGUCUCCUAAUCUGGGCUAAUUAUAAAACCUAAGCCAAACAAAUUACUCCCUGGGAUUUUGUCCUUCGAAAAUUUGACCUCGAUCAGGUGAUCUCCGGUUGUGACGUUAUUGGGGUAUGUAUAAAGACUGGGUCGCAUUCUCGUGGGGCAGAAGUGCAGGGCUACAGGGGCACCCGGCAUCCCAGGUCCGGCAUCCACAGGCAGACGGUAAACCAACGUGACAGAAACAUGUCGAUGUGCAUCCACCACCCCGCCGGGAACGCGGUACCGGACAAGCCCAAGCGGAUAGCGGGAGGAAUCAUCUUCGCCGCCGCCCGACGCUCCAGCCUCAAAGCGCAGCAGCAGAUCCUGACCGUGCCGCCUUCCUUCGAGCCCACGGCUAGGACUGAUACACGAGCCAAAGUUUCGGGAGACUCAGGAGAAAUGGACGUGGUUCCGUCUGUGAUCCGGGUGACGCUGAUGGGGUCCCCGCCCUGGGGGUUCGAGUUGGAGGGCGGGGCGGAGGUGGGCACGGACCUGACGGUUGCGGAGGUGGACAUGGGCAGCAAGGCGCACAUGGCGAACAUCCUGCCGGGGGACGUGCUGCUGCAGAUCGGGCUGGAGAAGACGCAGCAGAUGGGGAAGUCUGAGGCCCUCAGGAAGCUCUGCAUCAACGGCGGGUCGCUGAGCCUGGUGCUGGGCCGUGCGCAGCCUAAGGUCUGGCGGCCCAAGUACACGCCGAGCUACACCCGCAGCGAGGACACGCCGUACCUGCAGCCCACGGUCAAGGUGUCGCUCAAGGCGGACAAGGACGAGUUCGAGCCGGUCGGCAGCAACUUCAACACCGCGCCGAAGGGCUGGGGCGGGAAUCCCGAGGGCGAGCCCGCGCCGUACGCUCCGGUACGGGCACACGCCGGCCCCAGACAACCCCCGGCCCCGCGCCAGCAGCCGUUAGGGCAGGCCAUCGCCGAGCUCGAGCAAACAGAGGAUGUGCCGAGAGGUUUCCGCAGCGUGAGACCGCCCAUUCCCAGGGCCAACCCCAAGAAGGAAGCGCCACAAACCCUGCCCCAGUGCGACGCCUGCCUGGGCAUGAUCAAAGGCGUCUUCGUCAAGGUGAACGGCAAGCCUCGCCACCCGGAAUGCUUCACGUGCUCCGCCUGCCACUGCAACCUGAAGCAGAAAGGCUACUACACCGUGAGAGGGCGGCUCUUCUGCGAGAUGUGCACAAGAGCGAGGAUCAACCAUCAACCUGAGUUUAUGGAACUUGCCAUGUAAUAAUACUACAGGUUAGAUGAGACGCGGGACCGAGAUUAGAAGAAGUCACAGGCAGUCUCGAGAGUUUCUCGAAAGAGUCGACGACUGCAGCAGGUUUUAACGUUGCCAAGCAACGGAUGAUAGGUAAACAAAAAAUUGGAGGAGUUUUGAAUGAGAUAUACGUUGUUCGACGACGUGUCACCAAAGAACGUUACUGUCAUUGUAAAUAAAUAAAGAGCCGCUUCCAGGGACUGUAGACAGAAUUACUAACAGCAGAAAAUACGCCGUUCUAGCAAGCCAACAAUGCAGGAUGGAGGUGCUAUUCUAAACCUUAUAUAAUAUACUAUUUACCAAUGCCUCAAACUCGCAGUUCGGUAACAACGCACCCAAAACACUCGCGCUGCUUUACCAUUGAGAAUACCAGAGCGAGGAGGUGACUGAUCAGUUGUUACACGUUACCAAAGAUGUUCUGCUGUCAGUGGUGUCGGGUGCCGGUAUACCGUUGAUGAUAUAACAAAAGGCCACCUUCGUAAAAUCCCAUAAACCCCGCUAGUCCCGGUGAUCAUGACUCCAAAUAGAACACGCGUUCUGUUCCAAUUCAAAAUCCACCAGGAUAAAGCGCUACGGCCGGUACUACGGUAUAACGUCAUCACUAUGUGAGGGAUUCGCAGGUCCAAGGUGGCGACCGGCCAGUCUGAAAACCACAGACAAUAUGGUUCCAAGAAAAGAGUUAUUUAUACUCGGGCGCUCCCUAUGUAUGGAGAGACAAGAGGCGGAUAUGCUGAGGCAGUGGGAACUGUUUAGAACAUUGCCACGUGGUGAGUUGACACUCCUCUGUAACCCACCAACAUGGAGGACGCUGAAUGACGUCAUAAUCACGUGACUGCAAACCCUCUCAUCAUCAUCAUCAUCAAACAUCCGGAACCAAUCCUGUGAGGUAAAAGUUGUUACAACUAUCACAACUAUUACUACAUACCCUAUAUUGUAACUCAGUAGUUAUAACAGAAAUCCAUUCAACAUAAUACAAUGUCUUCCACGUGUUAUUUCGUCCACACCCGUCACUGACUGACAUUGUAAUAUAUUAUACGAAGGUUUUGGAUACCGAACAGUUUAUUUUCGAUUGAGUUUUUGUUUUGUAACAAUUGAUGCACUAUUUUAGAAGCUAUAUCAUGAACAUUAUUAACAACUGCUGAAGGCUUGUCGGAAGGCUGAAAGCUUUUAUAUUACUACAAGUACUAAAGGGAACUAUAUACUAAUCGCUACGGCAAGAAGAAACAAACUAUUUUUGAAGUCAACAAUUCUGCUAUGCCAAAGCAUACUGUGCUGCAAACAGCUCGUGAUAUUAAAGAGUAAAUAGGUUGGAAACAUUGUUAUUGUAACUUUGAGUUGGCUUGAGCCCGUGUAUUGUAUAGAAUUACCGAUCUCUGGCUGGCGUUCGCCAGACUGUUGUGUAUAUGACCUUGUUGCAAGGGCGCUUGCCACAUUAAAGAGAAAUUUCAUACUUCCA